AUGCAUCUAAAUCUGAUUCGAGAAGAAUUAAUCGAAUUCGAAUCAGAAGUUGAUGUUAAAGCUUAUUUCGAUCGGGCCAUCGAGCUGUAUAAUGACAGUCCUCGCGCGUAUGUGAAGCGAAUCUACACCACAGUUCGACUUGAAACGAAUUCCGAAGAAGCGAAUUUAGUGUUAGCAAUCGCGAAACAGCAAAAAGACGUCCAACUCAACAAUGACUGCGAAAUUCGUAAAAUCCUGUGCCAUCAAGCAUCGAUUAGUAAAACAUGUUACGAAAUAUUUUAUUAUGAAGAAUCAUUUCUGGCUAAGUUCAUUCCAGUGAACAUGGAACCCGAGAAACCUCACGCAAAGUUCGACGACAUUUAUUCAAUAGGAUGUACUGUAUCGAGUGAAAAUUGCGUAAAACUUCAACUGUUCUCGGAGAAAACUGUUGAUGACCCAAAAAUCGAAUUCCUCAAAAAUCCAACUUUCUCACAUUUGAUAAUGUGGAUGAGAACCGUGGAUCCUUCAAGGCAAUUGCGCAAAACGCACGCUCUCAUUGAUAAGGAAUCAUAUGCGACCAAUUAUAAGCAAAUAAAAUUAGAGUUUGGAAAGCAUCUAGUUGAGGCCUGGGAUGAAAACACAAACGCUGAAAAGUUUGUGUACGAGGAUUGCGGAAUUGCCACCUAUAUUCAGGAAAUUUUCAAUGCAAAUAUUCUGAAGAGACCCAAGAAGUUCGUUGACAUUGGAUGUGGAAAUGGUCUAUUAGUAAAUCUUUUGAAUAAAAUUGGGAUUCCUGGCUAUGGAGUCGACGUCCGCUCACGUCGCAUUUGGUCGACGUUGUGCGGCGGAAGUGAUCUUCGCGAGUUCGCCGUCAACCCGCAAAUGGUCCUUUCAAAUGUGCCGCACUUCGACGCCGACACCGAUCUGCUCAUCGGCAAUCACAGCGACGAAUUGACGCCGUGGAUUGCGUUGAUGGCCGCCAAAAUGAACUGCGAGUUCUUCAUAAUUCCGUGUUGUCCGUUCGAGUUUUUCGGCAAAUUCAAUCGGCCCAACUAUUUGAUUGUCGACAAAAAAGUGUCAAAAAGCCAAUUUGAGACAUUUUUCGACUGGGUCGUUCAUAUUAGCGAGAUGCUUGGCUUUGAAGUAGACACGGAUCGAUUGAUGAUCCCUAGUACGCGCCGGUUGUGCAUUGUCGGUCGAAUUCCAAAAACCGGUCUCGUUGCGAAUCUCGACCAAGUGAUUCACGAUUUGACGGACGGCAAAGAAUUCGUGCCGAGACCAGCCGAAAUCAAAAAUAGGAAUUGCACGGAUAUUCCGGUCGAAGUGCGAAUACCGAUUGUUGAAAAAUUGUUCAAAUACUUGCUCGAGAGCUCGGAUGAAGUGAAGGAUGGUUGGCAUAUCGGCGGAGAAAUUUCAAUUGAGAGCCUUGCUAGAAUUCUGACGGAUGAGGAAAAGAAAUUGAUGAAGGAUCAGUGUGGCGGCCUUCAGACCUUUAUGAAAAACCAUCAUCAAGUGUUCAAUGUUCACGGCGGUGUGGCGACGCUUCGCGAUUUCCGAUCACCUCAUCGCACUCGGAAGCGAAACGCCAAAAAAGCGCUGGCCAAGAAAUUACUGCGAGAAAAGCAAGGCAUUAAGCCUGCCCCGAAGUACCCAUGCUUCAUGGCCGCUAAUCAUCCUGACGGAUGCCAGCUGUCUGAAGAAGAUUGCAAGUAUGCCCAUUAA